AUGUUUAACCGCUUUGUGGGACAAAAGAAACCUACUGUUACUCAAGAGGAGAAGCCUUUUGAUAUGACACCCAUGACGAACCAUAUGGAUAAUUUGAAUAAGCGAGAAGAUCAGAUUUUGAAGAAAAUUGAAAAUAUUGACCAACAACUCGGAACGUUAAAGCAGCAAAUGGCGAAGGGAGGCGCUGGUUAUAAUACUCUCCGUAUGCGCGCUACGAACUUAUUGAAACAGAAGCAAAUGCUCAUGAAGCAGUUGCAGAGUGUCUCUACAAUGAGCCUUACAGUUGGUCAGACUAUGGGUACUAUUGAGAGUUUACAACUAAUGAAGGAUCAGUACAAUAUGAUGAAGGAGGUGACGAGUGCUCAGAGUCAGGCGUUUAAGAGUGUGAACUUUGAUGAUUAUAUGAAUUUGUCGGAUAAAUUGCAGGAUAUGCAGGAGGAUAUGGACGAUGUGCAGGAAAUGAUGAUGGACAGCAUGACCGGAGAUAUUGAAAUGGACGAGGAAGAGUUAGACCGUGAGUUGGCGAAUAUUAAAAUCGGAGACAUGCCUGAAGCAAAUUCGACGCCUGUAAAUCCGGUUCCUGCCACCCAGGUUCCUGCAGAAGCCGUUCCUAUGGCUGAUGGUGCUCCAGCUUUCCCCAACAACUGGCGUGAUGAGUUGUCUAAUUUGUAA